GAACAUUUCCUUCUUCCGCGUUUACCUGCCCUCGCCCCGAGACUCUAAUGGGCGUAGAUUAUAACUUUAGCGCGGUAUAAACAAAGUUGGAUUAAGCUAAUUUCUAAAACAAUUAUCACUUUCGGAAUCCGGUGAGUGAAAGAGAAGGGCAUGCGUCUAAGUCGAGUCUGAAGUUUCGUUUACUUGUGAGGAGUUGUCCCACUUUUGUUGCGCAUAAUGGGAUGUUGUCAGAGUAAAGAGGGCAAACGAGACUGGAAACCGCUGGAAGAUCGCAGCUGCACAGACAUACCAUGGCUGCUCCUGUUCAUGCUUUUCUGUUUGGGGAUGUUGUGUAUAUGUGGUUUUGCUAUUUUUACCGGAGCGGCCUCCAGACUUAUCUCCGGAUAUGACAGUUAUGGUAACACCUGUGGACAGAAGAACACCAAGAUCGAAGGAGUGGAGCUGAGCGGUCAAGACAUGAGAGAAAAAAAUUAUGUUUUCUUCCUAGAGCCAUGCAACUUUGAUUUGAUCAACAGAAAGAUCAAGUCUAUAGCCCUGUGUGUCUUCCAAUGCCCUUCCAUUCAGCUAAAGACCUACUAUGAUAUAAAACAGUUUGCACUCCAAAAUGGAUCAGAACUUUGCACCUAUGACAUUACUCCUGCACGAUACACGAGUCACUCAGAACGGGCGACUAAGUGUCCCAAACUCCCAGUACAUGCAAGUAAAUCAGUCCCACUCUUUCAUCGGUGUAUUCCUGUGGAGAUUGACUGUUACGCAGAGUUCAUCCAGGCGUUUGUCACAUUCGUCAGUGACAACAGCGUUUUACACCGGAUUACAGCCGGGGUGAUGGCCAGCAAGGAGAUCAUUAUGGGGCUUUGUUUGUUGGCAUUGGCGUUGUCCUUGGCCAUGAUGGUCGUGAUUCGAUACAUCUCCAGAGUGCUGGUGUGGAUCUUAACAAUCCUGGUCAUUAUUUGCUCCAUAGGUGGCGUUGGUGUUCUCUGGUGGUUGUAUGCCGACCACAGAAAAGCUCUUAAUAGUAAUACAACAAAUGUAUUUGGGAAAGAAGUGGAAGCAGACAAUGUGAAAGCCCUGCUCAUCUACGCCAUCGGAGCUACAGUUUUCACGGUUGUGCUCUUGCUUGUGAUGUUCUUCAUGAGGAAGAGAGUUUCGCUCACUAUCGCCCUCUUCCACGUGGCGGGGAAAGUGUUCAUCCACCUGCCUCUGUUGGUGCUGCAGCCUUUCUGGACCUUCCUCUGCCUCAUGCUCUUUUGGGUUUACUGGAUCACUGUGCUGCUGUUUCUCGGGACAGCAGGUCAGCGAAUUAAGAACAAUUCUACCAACCUUGUUGAGUAUAAAUUGGCGGGCCCUCUUCAGUACAUGGUGUGGUAUCAUGCGGUGGGUCUCAUCUGGAUCAGUGAGUUCAUUCUGGCCUUUCAGCAGAUGACCGUAGCUGGAGCUGUGGUCACCUACUACUUCACCAGGAACAAAUCCCAGAUGACGUCCAUCCCAAUUCUCAAAGCAAUGGGCCGUACACUUCGGUAUCACCUGGGAACGCUGGCCAAAGGUUCAUUCAUCAUCACUCUAGUUAAGAUCCCUCGUCUCAUCCUCACAUAUAUCCACACCCAGCUCAAAGGAAAGGAAAAUGCCUGUGCUCGCUGUAUGGUGAAAUGUUGCGUCUGCUGCUUGUGGUGUCUCGAGAAGUGCCUCGCAUACCUGAAUCAAAAUGCUUACACUGCUACAGCAAUUAACAGCACAAACUUCUGCACUUCGGCCCGUGAUGCUUUUGUGAUCCUGGUGGAAAACGCCCUCCGUGUGGCAACUAUAAACACUGUGGGAGACUUUGUUCUCUUCUUAGGCAAGGUGCUUAUAGUAUCGUGCACAGCCUUUGCCGGGGUCCUGGCUUUAAACUACCAGAGAGAGUACACAGUUUGGGUCCUUCCUCUGCUCAUAGUUUGUCUGUUUGCGUUCUUGGUGGCGCACUGUUUCCUGUCUGUUUUUGAGAAUGUUGUGGAUGUGCUUUUCCUCUGCUUCGCCGUGGACACCAAAUACAAUGACGGCAGCCCUGGUCAUGAAUAUUACAUGGACAAAGCCCUAAUGGAGUUUAUUGAGAAUAGUAAAACGGGGCGCUACAAAUCAGGUGGUAAUGCAAAAGAAAUGGAGUCUAUGACGCAUAGAGGAGGGACGGUGGCCUAACCACAGAGUCAAGAAAGUCAUUGAAAAAACAAACAUACUGAACCAUUGAAAGUAUUUUAUAUAUGCUUAGAGCUAACAAAAUAAUGCAGGGAUAAAACAAGUCUGGGCGCACAGUCAGCCCUUACUGUAACUAUUUGUGCCUUUACAUAAAAAUGGUGCAGCAGAACAAGUUUAACACUAAGAGCUGUUUUUUUACUAUUGUCUUUAACGUAUUGUGUGUAACAGUGUGAAGAUGUUUGGUUUUAUAAUAUAAUAGAAGCUUUAGUCAAUAUUUUAUUAAUAUCUUGAAGUUUUCAAUAAAUGAAAAUGUCUUUUGAGAAA